AGCUCUUAAAGAUUUUUUUAUUUUUAUAGUAUAAAUAUUUAUUUAAAACAAGUUAAUUUAUAAUAUAUUAUGUGUAUGUGACCUACUCUACCCACCAGAUAGUGAAUCCUCUUUAAAAUUACUUAUCACUUGAACUAUUUGUCACUUUAAAACUACACAACAACAAUGGAAUCUAUCAAGGAGUCUCUGGCUGCAAUGACCGACUUAUUCAACAGCCGUAUGAAUGAAUUCCAGCAAGACUUACAGAGGACAACAACACCAGCGACUGUGCCUUCUCUUUCAUCGGAGUUCAAUUCUUUUAAGUCUUUUGUUCUCACUGCACUAAGUGGACUUCAAAGACAAAUUGAGUUUCUCGCCAGGGAAAUGGAUCGGACUGAAGUGCAGAGACGUCGAAAAGUGCUUCUUUUCCAUGGUGUUAGCGAAGAGAGAUCCGAGGAUGCCACUGCUCGCGUUACCAGCCUUGUUGCGGAGCACUUGGACUUGCCAAAUUUUUCUACCAGCAGUAUCAAAUCUUGUCAUCGCUUGGGAAGACCUUUGGACAGCAAGCCCAGACCUAUAGUGGUCAAAUUUACCGAGACUGCUAUUAGGGAUAAGGUCUGGUUCGCCAAAACGAAGUUGAAGGGCACCGGUGUCACAGAGUCAGAGUUCCUGACGAAAAGCCGACACAAUGUGUUUUUGGAGGCCAGGAAGCGGUUCGGCAUCAACAAGUGUUGGACACGAGACGGUUUGAUACACAUUAUCGCCCCAGAUGGAUCUAGACAUCGUGCCGAAUGUUUAUCUGAUCUUGACUCGAUUUUAACUUGUAAGUCCCCAGUCCAAAAAAUUCCCAUCGCAAACACUAGCGAUAAAGUUGUAUUGCAGAGGUCAAAGCGCGUAGUUAAGAAAUAGUUAUUUUAUAUUUAUCUUUCUUCUUAUUAUUGUUUGUUUUUCUAUAAUUUUAAAAUUAUUUCUCUGUCUACCUGCUUUCGAUUUAAUUUUUGUGUUGUGUAAAACUAUUUACGAAUCUAUUUAGUUAAAAGUUAAUGUCAUUCUGACGUUUGUCAAUCAGGCGCCAUAGUUUUCUUGCUUUGGAUGGUUAGUUUUUUAGUUCUAUACUAGACAUUUAUAAAGAUCGUCUCUACUUCAUUUUCAUAUUCGAUAUAGAUAGAUAAUAGAUAAAUAUAGAUAUAAUAUAAUAAUAUUCUUUUUUAGUAAAAAUUGUUGUUAUGGCAGCCUGAUAAAUAUCUGUUUUUUUAUUUUUUUUUGUUAAUGUUAGUUUUUAAUGUUAUUAUUGUUUCUAUUUUGUUAUGUUUGUGUUUAAGUGAUUAUUCCUAGGCAAUUGGCGGGUGAGUGUUCAUAUGAAAUUAAUUAACGUAUAAUUAUUCAUUUACCUAUUUUUAUUUUGUAAUUAUAGAAUUAAUAUAUAUUAUUAUUAUUUUACAUAUAUAUUUUAUAUAUUUAUCUUUAUAUUUUUACUUAUUUUAUUUGCUGAAUAUUUAAUUUAAAAAUGUCUAGAAACAAUGACGAUUUGGACGAAACUUUUCUUUCUUUUUCUUCUGAUGGAUUGAGCAGUAAUGACAGCUUUCAUAGUAUCCCUUCGCUCGGUGAAACUAUAAAUUCUUUAUUCUCAGACUGUCUAAAAUAUUUUAAUGUUAUCCAUAUUAAUGCUCAGA